AUGGAUUCUCUCAUCUUCACCUACAAACCUACUAUAUCACAACAUAAGAUUUCUUCACUUCUCUGUUUGUGUUCCCUAAUCAUUCUAUUCAUCUUUCCAUUUCUUAGCCUCACAAAAGCUCAAGCAAGCCUUUGUAGAACCACUUGUGGUGAUAUCCCAAUAAAUUACCCUUUGGGGAUUGAUGAUGGCUGCGGCAGCCCUUAUUACAGGCACAUGCUUGCUUGCUCCGACCCUGGCAAGCUUGAGCUUCGUACACCCUCUGGUAGAUACCCUGUAAGCAGCAUUAGUUACUCGGAUCCACAUAUUCUUGUUACCGAUCCACUUAUGUGGAAUUGUGAAGAUGGUUAUUACUUUCGUCCAACUAGGCCUUUUAGCCUAGACACAAGCACACAUUUCUCACUGUCUCCUCAAAAUGACUACCUCUUCUUCAACUGCAGCGAGGAUUAUGUGAUUGUUGAGCCAAAGCCUAUCUUCUGUGAGAGAUUCCCUGAUCGGUGUGAUUCAUCGUGCGAUAGUGCUAGUUAUCUCUGCAGGCAUUUACCUGAAUGUGCCACUGCACUAGGUGGUAGCUCUUGCUGCUCUUACUAUCCCAAAGCAACAGAGUCCUUAAGGCUGAUGCUGAAGUAUUGCGCUUCUUAUACAAGUGUGUAUUGGAGAACUAUUGGUACAACUACUGAUUCUCCUUAUAACCAGGUACCUGAAUAUGGAAUUCGGGUUGAUUUUGAUGUUCCAGUGACUACACACUGCCUUCAAUGUCAGGAUCCAUCCAAGGGAGCCGGAACAUGUGGAUUUGAUACUCAAUCACAGAAUUUCUUGUGUCUGUGUAAGGAGGGAAAUAUCACCUCCUAUUGUAAAGAUCUUGACAUUUCUGGGCACAGAAAGGCUGCAGUCAUUGCAGGUGAAAUUUCUAUAAUCCGGUUCAGCAUUUUGUAUUAAAAUACCGCUAAUGAAGGAAAUUAAUUAAAAAGAUAAAAUUACUAUGAUCUAGGUGAUGAACUUUGAAUGUCAAAAUACAAAGAUUAGGCCUUUGAUGA